AUGCCUCUGGAACAUAUUUUAGAAACGAGGAAACAAAAAAAGGAACUAUACGCCAACAAGAUGCGUGAGGAGUCGACUAGGCAUUUUCGUGAGUUUUGCGAAUUGCAAACUAAGGAAAAUGUCUGGUCACUCACGAACAGACUCCUCAAAAAUGUCUCCCCUAGGCGCCGACCAGUCACCCUCAAUAGGGGCUCCACCUACACCACAGACAGCCAGGAGACUGUCAAAGCACUCCUUGACCACUUCUACCCUGAUGACUCACCAGACACCUUAACGCGACAUCACGAGCUCAGAUCAGAAAUGACCGACCUUCCUCAGUCCCACGAUGACCCUCCCUUCACCCAGGAGGAGGUAUUAGAGUGCUUAAAACAAAUGAGCCCCAAGAAGGCUCCCGGACUUGAUAACUUCACAUCCGACAUAUGUCUGCAAUUUGAAACAGAUUACCCUAGACUUCUGACAGAUAUACUGAACCGAUUAUGUCCGCGAUCGGAGGUCAUCCUUGACCAUGCGGGGAGGCGAGUCAUCAAGACGAUGUCUAAGGGCUGCAUACAAGGUUCCACGUGUGGGCCUGUUCUCUGGAAUAUCAUACUAGACGAGCUGCUCGAUGCGAGGCUUCCAGCGGGCUUCCACAUACAGGCUUUUGCGGAUGAUGUUUUGCUGGUUGUCACGGCCGCGAGUGUCGGCGAGCUGGAGAACGCUGCCAACUAA